AUGACUUCAAAUUCAACCUCUUGGAUGAACGGCUCGUCGUGGUCGCCUAGUCGCACAAGCACUAAAAAUCCCUUUGAUGAUAGUAAUGGAGAUCCAUUCGAUGAUAGAUACGCAACGCCUUUACAAGACAUUGAAACUGGUACUACUGCACGCCUAUCCAGCGAAACGCAACAACAAGAUGCAGUUGAUCAAUCUGGUGUUCCCUCAGAAGAGAAACGUAUAAUCGAGGACAUUCAAAAUGAGCGUAUGUCGUGUGAAAUUUGUUUAGAACCUGUGCGCUUUGCGAAGGAUCGUUACUUGUGGAAUUGCAAGUCUUGCCAUGCUGUUACUCACCAUCGAUGUACGAAAUUGUGGGCCAAGGCAGAACCAAUUGGAAGGACCCUUGCUUGGAAAUGUCCCAAAUGUGAAAAUAUUGAACACUCGACCCCCAAGGGAAAAUGCUGGUGUGGAAAGGGUAACCCAUUACAUGACCACCCUACCAUCCCGAACGCGUGCUUAAAGGGUGUUUGCGGUAGUAAGUCCAAAUGUGCUCACGGAAACAAGUCAUCUUGCCGCAAGCCAUGCCAUCCAGGGCCAUGCAAAAUCAUCGGUGGUCCAGACAUACAAUGGUAUAAUCAGAUGAAGGACUCUUGCCGUGGGUUCGACACCCGAGUCAAGAUAGGUACUCGUUUCUCGGCGUCAACAUACACUCUCCACAGUCUCAAUGCCUCUAUCGAUAAUCAAACCUUCUACCUCGCUCCCGUACUUGCACCAAAAUUUGGCAGCAAAGAGCCUUAUCAAUACUUUCAUCGUUUCUCUGGUAGCACAGCCAACACUGCAAAUUACGCUAUCGAUGUCGAUAUAGAUAAUGGUGUCUGGCGCGAAUUGCAUUUCAAUGGAACCGAUGAGCUCACGAAAUGGUGGGCUAGCGGCCGAAAACAAUACCCUUCGGUUCACCCUAUCUUUGAUAAUAUCACUAUAACCGAAGAUGCAAUCAAGCGGAAUGGUACUUUCGUAACACGCGACGGUCACCUUUGGAUGCCCAAAUUCGAUUUGAUAUUUCAAGGAUUAGAAGACUCACGCAAGCAUGCCGAAAUAGAACCUUUCAUUCGUGUGUUCGACACACAGGGUCUCCCUCACUCACGGACUGAGAAGUUGUUGAGCGCCAAGUGGAACUGGAACAAUAGACACGACCCGAGUAUUGUAAUGCGUACGGCCAGUUUUGGACAUGGCAGGCAGAGAUUGGAUAUGUGUAUAAAGGAAGAUUUCUAUUACAGCUCCAGCGGGGCACAGCAGAAGCGUGACGGCGUUAGUGAUGGAUCUAUUAUGCCGUUGGCUGUUGUUGCCGCAUUCAGAAUGAGGAUGAACGAGAUGUACGCAUUGAAUUCUGGAAGACCUUUCAACGUCAAAAAGUAUUCAGAAUAUGAUGAUGUUAAGGCUAUAGCAUAG